AUGGCCAGCGUUUGCAUGUCACAAAACAAUUACCAACAGCCACAACACCAUUUCCAAAUUAUCAACGGCAACAUGAUGAUGUUGCCCCAACAUCAGCAGCAACAACAACCAAUGGCUCCCCAUCACAUGCAGUAUGUCAACAAAUUGCAACCCAUUGCUCCGGCUCAACCCAAGGUUUUGGGUACCAGCAAUUUGCAAAACAUCCAACCUGCCCUGCCAGCUGCCGGCGGUCCCAUUAUGGAAAAGAAGCGUUACACCUACAACAACAUGCCCUAUGGUGAACAAUUGCCCUCUGUGGCUCGUCGCAAUGCCCGUGAGCGUAACCGUGUCAAGCAGGUCAACAACGGUUUCUCCAACUUGCGCCAACACAUCCCUCAAUCCGUCAUCAAUGCCUUGUCUUCGGGUGGUCGUGGUGCCAGCAAGAAAUUGUCCAAGGUUGAUACCCUACGCAUUGCCGUUGAAUAUAUCCGUGGCUUGCAGGAUCUCUUGGAAUCAUCUGAAAACACUGCUCCCAACACCACCGGCAUCUCAUCCACCCCCUUGAACUAUGAUGACUCCAGCAAUGAUGGCAGCAACUAUGGCUACUCCUCCAUGGGCAGCCCAGUCGACAACCAUGCCUACCACAUGACUCACUCACCCACCUCCUCCUAUUCUGAUUCUGAUGUUUCAGUCAAUGCUGCCAACAGUUUUGUCACCCCCUUGAAAUUGGAAGAACCCGAUCAUGAUUUCAAAUUCGAAACUUUCGAGGGUGGUGAUGAUGAAGAGCUCUUGGACUACAUUUCCUCGUGGCAAGAUCAAUAA